AUUAAAAAAUUCAGCAUGAAGUCAUGAACCCAACCUGCCUUGUGGCAACAGUUAAGGCUGGUGGUGGUGGUGGUGCAAUGGUGAGGGAAAUAAUUCCUUGGCACACUUUGAGCCCCUUAAUACCAAUCAAUCAUGGUUUGAAUGCCACAGCCAGUCUGAGUAUUGUUGCUGACCAUGUGCAGCUCUUUAUAGCCACAAUGCACCAUCUUCUAAUGGUUACUUCCAGCAUCUGCAGCUAACAAAUUUGCAGAAUUUAUGUCUCAUCUUGUGGAAUCCAUGCCACGAAAAACGGAGGAUGUUUUGAGGGAAAAGGAAGGCCCUACCUAGUAUUAGUUGUAUACGUAUGAAGAGAGAGUGUAUGUUGUAGAAGUUUUCAAAAUAUCACAAAAGAAAAUAGCGCAUGAACUAACUGAUCAUAAGUAGCAGUAGAAUAUGGUAUUGGUAGUGCCAAACGGCAGCGAAUUACAAAUUAUUAAUGGUAGUUUUCAUUAGAAUAUAUAUUUGGAAUAAAUUAGAGCAUUAGACUGAGGUUUGCAGACACUACAUAAAUCCUUGGUACUUUAAAAGUGAAUCUGUUACUUCAUGGCAGGUAUAAUAAACAUAUUGAUUUAGCAUUCACACUUUCUGUAAAACCACUGAAGCGUGGGAGGAGAGGGAAAUCUGACUCGUUGCUUACUUUAAGGAUGACAACUUUUGCAGACACUAAAUAUGAGAAGGGUUUAUUCAGUGUGUGGGUGUGUUGGGGUUUACUUCAUAAGUGAUCUCAUCUAAGGUAAGCAUAUGGCAACUAUUGUAUGUAAUUUCUGAAGGGAUCUGGACUGUUUUUUUGUAUUGUAGUACCAGGCAAUGGCACUGCUAACCCUUACUAUUUAAAAAGGUUAAAAGGUGAACACCAUAUUUCAAAAAGGACUAGAAAAUCUACAAGGAAUGAGAAAUACACCUAUAGGGGUCAUGAAAAGCGCAUUUGUCUUAUUUGUCAAGAUUAAGCAUCAAUCAUUAUAUGUUUUACAGAGUGCUCAUCUAUAUUCUCAUUCUAAAAUACCCUAAACGGACAAUCAAAGCAGACAAAUUGUUGGAUUUGUUACUUGUUCUCCCUGCGUUUUGUUGAUAGCUAGUGGGCUCUCCCUUCAGGCAUGGUUCAGCACCUGUCACUUUUGAUAUGGUGUGGUAAUAUGCAGAGCAAGCACUUGGCCCAGUGUUGGAAACAAAAUUAGUAGAUAUUUUAGAUAGAAAGCAUGGCAUGUCCCAGAAAUUUGUUUAAGAAGUGGAGGAGUUACUGCCGUAUCUGGUGCUAGUUGUCAGUCCCUGUCAAUCACUAGCCUUAGAUAUCUUGCAAUUGGCUAUUGGUUAACCAGUCACAACACGACCAGAAUGUCUCGUCGCACAAAGCAGCACCUGUGAAUUUCUCACACUCAACCUGUCUCCCUUACAGCCCUCGACUUGUGAGAUCUGCUAUAGGACAUGGGUGUGUGGCUAUAGUCGAUGAAAAAUACCUCAAUCUUGAAUUAGAAUUUGCAGAUCUUAAGAAAAAGAAAAAGAAAGGCUAUUGGAACUACAGGCCAAACAUUUGGUCACUGGCAAGGGUAUUGUAAUCUAAAAGCUCAUUGUUAACUGAAAAUGGGUUUUCGAGGCAUUGGCUUUCUGCUCCAGUGUUACCUGAUGUUGGCAGCGGCGAUGUAUUUCGAUCUCGGAGAGCAGGAGGAAAAAUGCAUCAUUGAGGAGAUUCCUGAGGACAUGCUGGUGACUGGUUAUUUCUUGUUGGAGCCAUGGGAUUUGAAGGCGUUCACCCACUCCCCUCACUUUGGCGUCACUGUGACAGUCAGAGAUCCAAACCAUGAGGUUGUGAUGUCCAAACGCUAUGGUAAAUUUGCUAAAUUCACCUUCACAGCUCACGCCUCUGGUCAGCACUACCUUUGCUUCCAAACCAACUCCACAAGGUUUGCAGUCUUUGCUGGGGAAAGGCUGAAACUACAUUUGGAUGUUCAGAUGGGUGAGCACACAAAAGACCCCAACACUGACAAGACUAAAGACAACAUGGAGACACUGGAGAACAGCCUCAGCCACCUCAUAGAUCAGAUGAUGUACAUCGCCAGGCAGCAGGAGUACCAGAGGGAGAAAGAGGAGGUGUUUCGUCAGAUCAGCGAAGACACCAACAGCAAAGUGUUGUGGUGGGCGGUGGUGCAGACCUCGAUUCUGUUAUCAGUUGGUUUUUGGCAGAUGAAACGACUCAAAGACUUCUUCGUUGCCAAGAAGCUGGUCUGAUGAUGACCUAUGACCCGUCACCUUUUUGCAUUGCCCACACCUCUCCCAAGGCUUAGCACUAUUAUAUUGUAACCUGCAACAUGCCCAGAAAUACUACAAAAAUUUAAAAACUGUUACGGUUAUACAGACACAGGAUAUAAGGGUGAAGACCCUGUGUGUAAAAAAUAAAAGUGCAAGGAUGUAAGAGUUGGACGAUUGUGUCAUAGUGUGUUUGUGUAUCAUAGACAUGAUAAUAAAUUCAAUUCAAUUCACUGGCAAAUUGACAAUGUUGCCAAAAGCUACUUGAA